AUGGAUGAGAUCCUCAAGAAUAUUAACAUGGACGAGAUCCUCAAGGGCAUCCCCGGAAUCCACGACCAGGUUCAAGGUCAGAUAGCCCAAGCUGACAACAACGUCGAAGGCGAACAGGAGGCAGGCGGGCUGAACGGCAGAGAUGUCCUCCCUUGGAACUUGGGCAUUGACAACCCCCUCAACAUGAACGAUAUGCUCAAGGAUAUCUCCGGCACCCCCGAACAGGCUCCAGGCCAGAUGGAAGCCAAGAGAUGGAAGCCGAGGAUACAGCCGGGGGACAAGAGGAGAGAGGCGGAGUGGCCCAUAUAG